CCAUUUUUAAUAUUCACCAAAAUAUUACUUCUUUCCCCAUAGAAAAUACAAGAUGUCCGACCCAGAAGGAUUCAAGAAGGUCAGUGAAGACGUCCACGUUUCCAACGAGGCCGUCAACCUGAACCCAUACGGUCCAAACCCAGCCGAUUUCCUUUCCAACGUUUCCAACUUUCAGCUUAUCGAAUCCACCCUUCGUGAAGGUGAACAAUUCGCUAAUGCCUUUUUCACCACUGAAAAGAAGAUUGAAAUUGCCAAGGCCUUGGAUGAUUUCGGAGUAGACUAUAUUGAGUUGACCUCACCUGUAGCCUCUGAACAAUCCAGAAAAGAUUGUGAAGCCAUUUGUAAGCUUGGACUUAAGGCUAAGAUCUUGACUCACAUUAGAUGUCACAUGGAUGACGCUAGAGUUGCCGUAGAGACUGGUGUUGACGGUGUUGAUGUUGUCAUUGGUACCUCUCAAUUCCUUAGACAAUAUUCUCAUGGUAAGGACAUGAACUACAUUGCUCAAUCUGCUGUUGAAGUGAUUGAAUUCGUUAAAUCUAAGGGUAUUGAAAUUAGAUUUUCAUCCGAAGAUUCCUUCAGAUCUGACUUGGUUGAUCUUUUGAACAUUUACAAGACUGUUGACAAAAUUGGUGUUAACAGAGUUGGUAUUGCUGAUACCGUCGGUUGUGCUAACCCAAGACAAGUUUAUGAAUUGGUUAGAACUUUGAAGUCUGUGGUCAAGUGUGACAUUGAAUGUCAUUUCCACAACGACACUGGAUGUGCCAUUGCUAAUGCAUACACCGCUUUGGAAGGUGGUGCCAGAUUAAUAGAUGUCUCUGUCUUGGGAAUUGGUGAAAGAAAUGGUAUUACCCCAUUGGGUGGUCUUAUGGCUAGAAUGAUUGCUGCUGACAGAAACUAUGUUUUGUCCAAGUACAAGUUGCACAAGUUGAGAGACUUGGAAAACUUGGUUGCUGAAGCCGUUCAAGUCAACAUUCCUUUCAACAACCCUAUUACCGGAUUCUGUGCUUUCACCCAUAAGGCUGGUAUCCAUGCUAAGGCUAUCUUAGCUAACCCAUCCACUUAUGAAAUCUUGAACCCAGGUGAUUUCGGUUUGACCAGAUACAUUCACUUUGCUAACCGUUUGACUGGUUGGAACGCCAUCAAGUCAAGAGUUGACCAAUUAAACUUGAACUUGACUGACGAGCAAUGUAAGGAGGUCACCAACAAGAUCAAGAAGUUGGGUGAUGUUAGACAAUUGAACAUUGAUGAUGUUGAUUCCAUUAUCAAGGAAUUCCAUUCCGAUUUGUUGACACCUGCUCCAACUGGUCCAACCCCACAUGUGAUUGAAGGUUUGGAUGAAUCUGAUUCCAAAAGACUCAGAAAUGAAUAAAUACGUUGAAUAUAACUAUUAAAACUAAAGAAUUGUUUUCUAAAAUAAAGAAGUAUAAAUAAUAUUAAGAAUAUAUGUUGUAGGAAAGGCCAUUAUAAAAUUA